AUGGAUUGGCCAAGCGAACGAAUAAAUCAGGGAGGUUUUCUUCAUUCCGCCAAAGUUGAAUAUAGUAAAGAAACACAGAACUUGAUGAAGAUUUUAAUGGAAGAAUCACGGUUGACAAUGUUACAACGUAAAAAAAUAAAUGAGCAUAUGAACUGUGGCGAUUCCUUACCGGUUUGGCAACAUUCAAAUCAAAAUUCAAUUAAAAAAAGUUGUGACUCACUGCAUUUUAACCGCACCAAAAGUUGUCGUCGUCGUUCAUUAGAAUCAAUUUUAGAAAGUAAUGCUUUUGACGUAGAAAAAUUUGUAUUCAAAAAUGCAUACAAAGAACCAUCAGAAAAAGCCAAAAUACGUUUGCAACACCAUAUGAGUGAUUGUAAAGUCAAUAAAAACUCUAAUUUGGAGAAGCAAAUUACUUUAAACAAUGCGAUUAACAAUCGAGAUAACAGUCAUUUCGAUUAUUGUGAAGAGAUCGUGAAAGAAAUAGAUGAAAGAAUUAAAUGGUUGGAGGAUAUGGAAAAAUUAGGAGCAGCUAAGAAUCAUCGUUUAGUGAUCCAAUCUCAAAUUCAAAAUAAACUAGCGGAAUUGCGUAGAUUCGAAAAAAAGCAGAACUAAAAAAGUAAUCAAAUAAAUUAAAAUUCAAGCAUUUUCCUUGAGCGUAGGAACGAUAAAUUUCAAGACAAGUACAAUUUCAAAAAUUUU